AAUAAGACAGACCGGUGGGCCUACUCACAAUUGAAUCACAAAAACCACAUUGGAAAUCAUUCUAUCAGAGCCAAUUGAUGCAAGUUCAUUAGACUAUAAAGCCAGUAUCCUCCUGAGACAACUUUCAUUCUAAAUCAAACCCGGCACCCACCCCGCCUCUCUUUCUCACCACCACCAAAACCAACUCAACAAGAAACAACAAGAUGUAUCUCCGCGCCAUCCACGCCGAAUCCAGCAUCGCCUACCUCCACCAACUCAUCCGCGACAACCCGCUGGGCAUCUUCACGACCGCCAUCCAAUCCCCGGCCCACCCGCUCCUCCAAACCAGCCACAUCCCUUUCGUCCUCGACGUGCCCGAGUCUCUUCCGCCCGUCACCGAUGCCGCCGCCGCCGCCGCCACCGCCGAACCCACCACUCACCUCGGCACCCUCCGCGGCCACAUGGCCAAACAGAACCCGCAAGCCAAGGCCCUGAUGGAGGCACUCGCCGCCCACCAAGCCGCCAGCAAUAGCAGCGGGGCCCUCGAGCUCCCCGACGAGGUGCUCGUCCUCUUCAACGGCCCCCACCACCACUACGUGACGCCCAAAUUCUACACCGAGACCAAGCCCGCCACCGGCAAGGUGGUGCCGACCUGGAACUACUCGGCCGCCCAGGUGUACGGCAGGGUCCGGGUGUACUGCGACAGCAAAGCCGACGCGACGGGCGCCUACCUGCAGCGGCAGGUGGAGGAUCUGUCGCGCGAGGCGGAGACGCGGAUCAUGGGGUACGAGAAGCCGUGGGCGGUUGCGGAUGCGCCGGUCAACUAUGUCGAGUUGCUGAAGAAGAAUAUCAUCGGGAUUGAGAUCCGCAUUGAGCGGUUGCAGGGGAAGGUGAAGAUGAGUCAGGAGAUGGGGAAGGGGGAUCGCGAGGGGGUGAUCAGGGGGUUUGAGGCGUUGGGGGGGGAGACUGGGUUGGGGGUCGCGGGGACGGUGAGGGAGAGGGCGGAGUUGAUGGAGUUGAAGAAGAAGGAGAGGGUUGGGGCCAGGGAGGGGGAGGUUUGAUCUGUGCGGGCUGGGCUGUGUGUUGUACAACAGGAGUUAAACUGAUACUGGGAUGCUGAUUUAUGGGAUUCAUUAGGUCUGUGUUGCGAUUUGGUGCCAUAUGUGUAUGGGCCCGAGUAGAUUGUGGAUUCGCUUGGCGAGAUCCUCGUUAUUUGCUGAUGGAGGAAUGUGCAUUAGAGCCUCGCUGUUUUCAAACGUCAGGAGUGCAUGUUCUUUGCGUCAAAUUGGGAAGGUCAGCAUAUGGUUGUUGGAAUCUGAA